CGGGCGGGCGAGACCGUCCUCUCCGCCAGCCCUGCUGCCGCUGCCCCCCGAGCCGCCCGCGGCUCCCCCUCGGCGCCUCCCGGUGCCCCCGCCGGACUUUUCCCUCCUCCCGAGGAUGAGGCGGCCGCCGCGGCGGCUGGCGUUGUCUCUGCUGGGGGUGCUCUGGCUCGCCGCCCUCCUGCUCUUCUUCUUCGGGGCGCGGAGGAAGUUGGAGGCGCCGGAGCCCGAGGGACACACGCCGGAGGAAUCGGAGGCGGACUGGGACGACCUUUGGGAUCAGUUUGAAGAGCGGAGGUACCUGAGUGCCCGGAGGUGGAAGGGCGGCGAGGACCCGUACCGGCUGCAUGCCUUUAACCAGCGGGAGAGCGAGAGGAUCCCCAGUGACCGCGCUGUCCGCGACACACGCCACCACAGGUGUACUACUUUGCACUACAGCCAGGAUCUCCCACCCACCAGCGUGGUCAUCACCUUCCACAACGAGGCCAGGUCCACCCUGCUGAGGACAAUCCGCAGCGUGCUGAACCGCACCCCAGUGCACCUGAUCCAUGAAAUCAUACUCGUGGAUGACUUCAGUGAUGACCCUGAUGACUGCCGCUUGCUGGGCCAGCUGCCCAAGGUGAAGUGCUUGCGGAACGGCCGGCGGGAAGGUCUGAUCCGAUCCCGAAUCCGAGGGGCAGACGUGGCAAAAGCAGCUGUCCUGACCUUCCUGGACAGUCACUGCGAGGUGAAUAAGGACUGGCUGCUCCCUCUGCUGCAGAGGAUCAAGGAGGAUCCCACCCGGGUGGUCAGUCCCGUUAUUGACAUCAUCAACCUGGACACCUUUGCCUACGUGGCAGCUUCCUCAGACCUCAGAGGAGGUUUUGACUGGAGUCUGCAUUUCAAAUGGGAGCAGCUUUCCCCGGAGCAGAAAGCCAAACGACUUGAUCCCACCGAGCCCAUCAAGACACCCAUCAUUGCUGGGGGGCUGUUUGUGAUUGACAAGGCCUGGUUCAACCACCUGGGGAAGUAUGACAGUGCCAUGGACAUCUGGGGUGGAGAGAACUUUGAAAUCUCUUUCCGUGUGUGGAUGUGUGGAGGGAGCCUGGAAAUCAUCCCCUGCAGUCGUGUUGGGCACGUCUUUAGGAAGAAACAUCCCUAUGUCUUUCCAGAGGGAAAUGCCAAUACAUACAUCAAGAACACCAAGCGCACGGCCGAGGUGUGGAUGGACGAGUUCAAGCAGUACUACUAUGCUGCCCGCCCUGCAGCCCAGGGGAGGCCUUUUGGGAACAUCCAGAGCAGAGUGGAGCUGAGGAAGAAGUUGAAAUGCCACAGCUUCAAGUGGUACCUGGAAAAUGUUUAUCCCGAGCUUCGGAUUCCCGAGGAAUCGCUCUAUCAGACUGGGAUCAUCAGGCAAAGGCAGAGCUGCCUGGAGUCACACAAGUCUGAAGACCAGGAGUUCCCCAUCCUGAGCUUAAAUCCUUGUAACAGCACCAAGGGCACAGUGCCAAAGGCACAGGAAUGGACGUACACAUACAACCACCACGUCCGCCAGCAGCAGCUCUGUUUGUCUGUGUACACCCUCUUCCCUGGUUCCCAGGUGCUGCUGUCACCUUGUAAAGAAGGUGACAACAAGCAGCGCUGGGGCAAGGUGGGGUCACACAUCGAGCACAUAGCUUCACGCUUCUGCUUGGACACUGAGACCUUUGGGGACACCCACGAGAGCGUCAGAGAGCUGGUCAUCAACCCCUGUGAGAGCACAGCCAUGAGCCAGCGCUGGGACAUGCUGAUGUCUUGACCUGCAGGAGGACGGGCGCCGGGACGUGGCCACGCGCGGCUGAGACGGCACCGGGUGGGGCUCGGAUCCAAACCCUGUGUGCUGUGGGACAGGAGGAGAAGCAUUCAAAUAAAAAUGGGACACUGCACUCCAGGUGGAACAGCGGAUGUUGACCAUCAGGCGUGCAGCUGGUAUUGGCCUGGUGAUGGUCAAGGAGGAGGGAUGGCAAGCAACAAGCCUGAAGUGUUUUAGAGGGGUACUGGGGCUCCUGCAAUGGGCUGCACAGGACCUCAGCAUCCACAGCAUUCAUGAAUCUCCCUGGAAACGCAGGUAGAAGAGCCUUUAAUGCCUAAAGGAGACUUGGGCUGAGCAAAACAAGUACCUCAGUAGCUCUUGGGGGUUGAGGUGGGUGCACAAGUUGGGAUGUGCCAAGGGAUGCUCAGAAACAUCGCCAGGGAUCAAGUGGAAGACACUGAAUUAUUUUUGCGCUUUGCUGUGAAUGUUUCUGUCUUCUGCAGACAGCAUGGGUGGAGCUGUGUUGCACCCUUGAAUUGGUACCUGAUCCACGUCCCUGUUGUGUACCCAGAGGCAGAGCAGUCCUUGAUGGCUGUGGCCAGGAUCAGAGCAGCGAGUGAUGGGGGGAUCCUGCUCUGUGCUAACUGCACACGGUGCUUGUUGAAUCUCCAAAGCCCAAGCAAACAGAGGAUUCACUGCAAGAGAUUAAAGGAUAUACAUUUCUGUCAAGCUGGGAGGAAAGGCAGUAACGUGAUUAUUUCUCCUCUCUGAAGGCCAUGGGUCACUGAAAAGUCCCCUAAAAUUUUGAUGUGUUUCUCUCACUGCUCUGCUUCGGAUCUGGACAAAUUCAAAUUUUCACUUUUCUUCCAUAAAAGUAAUAUUUUUGUAAUUGAAAGUAAUUGUGUCAUAUUUUUGUUUCCCAAUUUCCAAGCUACAGAUGAAGGGACUCCCAUAAAAUGCUGCUACUGAUGGAACGGUGAAGGUUUAAUUUUUAAUUAAAAUGAGAGACUGCUCCAAGAAAGGAAGAGGGAUAUUACCUGGGUUUGCUUCCCAGUUACCUUGUAGCCCACAAUAUAAAAUGUAAAGUACUGAAGAAAAGGUUUGGGAUUCCCCAUUCACACCAGUGGGCAGGGCAGCCUGGGCCACGAUGUACCUCUGUCUCCAAGUCACUUAGCAUAGCCAGACCAGGCAGAAAUUAUUUCCUUUAUUUAUAUUAUUAUUUCCUUUAUUUAUAUUAUUAUUUCCUCAGCUUUUGGAGAUGUCUUUUACCAGAGAUCAUGCAGGUGCUGCCUCUGUGUGGAAGUGGGGUGACUGCCUGAAGGGAGAGUAGGACAGACAACCUCAGGAGGGGUCUUAGGAACAGAAGGUCCUUUCCAGCCUGUCUUUCAGGGCAGCUGUCACUGCAGCCACAGGUAACAGGUAACAGCAAGAGCUGUGCACACAGCUCUUGUGUAGUAACAACUCUCAAAGAGAACUUCCACAGGACUGUCAAUGUGACUUGAAAAAAAAAUACAUCGUUUCUUCUCUAAAAAUGCUAGGAUUUAGUGAAAAUCCUAUCCUUUGUUUCCUGUGCUGCAAACUGCAGGUGAAAUACCAUAAGCUUUAAGCCUUCAAGUGCUCUCAGCAUCCCUUCUUGAAUAAAUUGCUGGCUUUCAGGAUUUUACUGCCUCAGUUUCUCCUCCCUCAGUGCGGGAGAAAGCCAUGUGUAUAAAUCCUCACAGCUUUAGAAGCAAAACUAGUACAGCUCUUUAUGUGCAAAAGGUCGAGGUGCAAAAUGCUUUUCAUGUGCUGCAGUGAUUACUAACCUCAUCAGGCUCCCUUGGUGCCAGCCUCAAGGGCUUCUGUUCUGAGAGGGCUGGAGCAAGCUGUCAUUUCGUGGUGGGAGGUGGCAUUGUUUCUGUGCCACCACUCUGCCAGGAAACAAAGGGGGGCUCUUCAAAAUGGAAUGGACCCGCUUCACAAAGAAGGGCAGUGACCUUGGGCUUCUUUUUAAUUGAACAGGGACAUAUCACAUGUGCUUCUCACAAUGGUGAUGACAGGCAGGGAGUGGUAAUUCCCUGUCUAGUGUUUGCAAGGGAAGGCAGCUCCCAAGAGCUUGAAGCUCAACACGUUCACACCUGUACUGUGCCCAAAGUCUGGAACUGCCCAGCAGCUGGCAAUUCAACUCUGAAAAUUCAGAUUGCUGAACAGCUUGGCAUGGGUUUGGAAGCUCAGCACCUGGCAGGUACACUCUGAGCAGGACCUCAGACCUAUCUAGCUUUACUGUUUUCCACCAGAGCUGGAAAUCUCCGUUCUCCUGACAGCCAAAGUUCUCUAAACUGCUCUUUGCCUUAGCAGAACCAGCUACCUCACUACAUAUGUGUGUGUGCUUGGGCACAUGGACCCCUGGGACCUGCAGGGAUGUGCUCUAGGAAGGAGUUGUUUGACCAGCUUUGCAGCUCUCUUGCCUUUUGGGAAACACAAAUGCUAUAGCAAACCCCUCCUAUUCCAAAACCUGUGUUCAGUCAUCACUGUGAACAUGUCUAGGGCAGCGGAGAGGGGGGCAUCAGGCAUGGUGUCCCUCACCAGAGAGCAGCAGCCAGGUGCAGCCAAGUCUCUUGCAGGCCCAAAAGCCACCACAUACCUCACAGACCUGGGGGGCAGCAGCACUUGUCAAGCUGGUGAUUGUGUCUCACACAGCCAUCAGCUGUAACCCUUAGGCUACAGCUUAUUUCAUGGUCCAGGAAAUGAGAUUAUCCCUAUGGAUCAGCAGUGUUUUCAGAGAAGCCUGAGAGUAUCAGCCUGACUCCUGGGGAGCUUUAUAUAAAGCUGGCCAUGGUCUGGCAGUCUCCAGAGUUAACCC